AUGAAUCCUCCCACUCAUCACAGCCACCGGCGUCUGGUUCUCAAGUACGCCAUAGCUUCAAGGCUGUUGCUUCUCGGCUUAAUCCUGCUCUGGCGUUCCCUUCUCAGCCCCUACGACACCUCCGCUUCCAUCAACCCUCCCUGCCUUUCCGUCGGCGAUGGCGACGAUGUCGUUUCUCCAAACCCUCUCUUCCCAGGUGUCGCGUCCGCAUUGGAGGAUAGCAUAGUGUGGGACAGCGUUUACUUCGUUCGUAUUGCGCAGUGCGGUUAUGAAUAUGAACAGUCUUAUGCCUUCUUCCCAUUGCUCCCCAUUUGCAUGCCCCUCCUCUCUCGGACCGUUUUUGCUCCAUUGGUACCAUUGAUUGGACAAAGGGCAGUACUUGGGCUCUCAGGAUAUGUGCUUAAUAACGUUGCAUUUGUCUUUGCUGCUUUAUUUCUGUACAGGCUUUCUGUUCAUGUAUUGGAUGACCCGGAGGUGGCAUUGCGAGCAUCAAUAUUAUUUUGCUUUAAUCCAGCAUCAAUAUUCUACUCGUCAAUUUAUUCUGAGAGUUUGUAUGCUCUCUUAACAGUUAGUGGGGUGUACUACCUGUUGAUUGGUGGAGAUAAUGUUGCAACACUUUGCUUUGCGCUCUCUGGGGCUGCUAGGUCAAAUGGAAUGCUUAAUGCAGGCUACAUAUGUUUCUUAACAAUGCAUCAGGCUUAUGAAACCAUCUUUCUGAAAAAGCAUUCUGUGCUAGCGUUGCAGGUGUUUGUUUCUGGGGCUUUUCGUUGCUUGUGUAUCUUUAUUCCUUUUUUCGCUUUUCAAGCAUAUGGGUACUUGAACAUCUGCAGGGGACAUGCAGAGGAUGAUUUAAGGCCAUGGUGCAAGGGAAAAAUUCCGUUGCUUUACGAUUAUAUUCAAAGUCAUUACUGGGGAGUUGGGCUUUUGAGAUAUUUCCAAGUAAAACAGUUACCCAACUUUUUACUUGCAUCCCCUAUAUUGUCUCUCGCAGUCUGUUCAAUAGUACAUUAUGCGAAGAUGUGGCCUACAGUCUUCCUCUCACUUGGUUUUAAAAGUAAUCCAGCUAGAGAAGACAUGUCUCUGUCCUUUUCGCAAGGAGCAAAUGCAGAACUUAAAACCAUGAGCUCUCUGGGAAGUGAAAGUUCAAGUGCCCUGCAAGAAACUCCUACAGUGAGACGAAGGAAAUUUUUAUCUAAAAGAUGGAGCAGCGAUAAGAAUAUUUCUGAAAGAUCCCAAAACAUGUCAUCAGAAGAUCAUUUCACAUUACCAGUUAUAAUUCUUCCGUUCAUUCUACACUUGGGUUUCAUGGCUGCCACAGCUUUUCUUGUGAUGCAUGUGCAGGUUGCAACUCGUUUCUUAUCUGCGAGCCCUCCGCUGUACUGGUUUGCCUCUCAUAUCAUGAUAACGCCAGCUGUUGGCAAGAGGUGGGGAUACCUUAUGUGGGGAUAUUGUGCAUCUUACAUCCUUCUUGGCAGCUUGCUCUUCUCUAACUUUUACCCCUUCACUUGA